CGAAUGUGUCCUUGGGUGUGGGCAUGGGUGUGGGGCGAUUUGGGUGGUGCUGGAGAGGCCACCGCGCCGCGUGCUGUGCCCCUGCGGGGUGCGCGGAGGAGCGGGGAUAAAUAGGGGGCUCCCUCCCGCGACGCUGGCGGAGCCCGCCGCUGGCUGCUUCACUGCCCGGUCGCCAGGGUGCCAGCCUGGGCGUAGUUUCGCUUCCUACUGGCUUAGUUUCCAGGGACUCGCUCGGGCGCCCGGGCCGGGAAGGGGGUGAAGCGGAGGACAGAGACUCGGCCCGGGGCUGCGCGGCCCCCGCAGCGGGGUGGAUGGACCGGGCCGUCCCGGGCAGCGGCGCUAGCUCCCUGCCGCUGCUCCUGGCCCUUGCCCUGGGUCUGGUGAUCCUCCAUGGUGUGGCCGCAGAUGGGAACUCAAGCAGAAGUCCGGAAAUUAACGGCCUACUCUGCGGAGGUCCCGAGGAAAACUGUGCAGCGACCACCCCACUACCAAAGCGGAAAGGCCACUUUUCCCGGUGCCCCAGGCAGUACAAGCAUUAUUGUAUCAAAGGGAGAUGCCGCUUCGUGGUGGCCGAGCAGACGCCCUCCUGCGUCUGUGAUGACGGCUACACGGGGGCCAGGUGUGAGAGAGUGGACUUGUUCUACCUGAGAGGGGACAGAGCACAGAUUUUGGUGAUUUGUUUGAUAGCCGUUAUGGUAGUUUUUAUCAUUUUGGUGGUUGGUGUCUGCAUGUGCUGUCAUCCUCUUCGGAAACGUCGUAAAAGAAGGAAGAAGGAAGAAGAAAUGGAAACUCUGGGUAAAGAUAUACCUCCUGUAAAUGAAGAUAUUCAAGAGACUAAUAUUGCUUAAUGGCUACCAAAGUCCCUCCAGGUGGGUGGCAGCCGGCUGAGUGCCUUGCUCAUUCGAAAGUGGACAGACCUGUCUCAGGAAAACAGCUAGCAGAAAUGAAGUUUAAACAUUGGAUUAAUAUUUACUUUUUAUUUGUAACUUUAGUUUGUGUUGGUAUUGUUUGUAAUAAUAAUAAUAUUAAUUUUAUUAUUGUAUAGUAAUAAAAAACCCCGUUGAGGUAACAACAGUGAGAAGGGGAAUUUCGGUGAAGUUCCACAGAAGUUUUAUCACCAGGAUAACUAGUCAAACAGAAAAAAAAAAAUGUCAAAACAAGUUUAGGUCUUUGGAAUUGAAUUAUUAAUAAAACUACCAUUUAGCAAACCUUUGCCAUGUACUGAGAGUUCAAAAUAUGUUAUUUCUCUUACUCCUUCCAACAACUAGUGGGAUUCAUAUUGUGUUUCUCGUUUCUUGGGUCCAGAAACAGGGACAAAGAAAUAAAAUAACUGAAUCCAGAUUUAAGAGAGUUGGACAUUGGUGGGCCUGGAAUUAGAACCAAGAUUUAUCCAAAUCAAAGUCUGUGCUCUUAGCCAUCAAUUUUUGUUAAUCUGAGUUAGUGCAACCUAAUUCCAUAAUAUAAUCCAAGCUCUUCAGCUGAACUGUGUUUUGCUGUGAUUCUGAGAAGUCUAGGUCAUUUUCCUGCAGGAGCAGAGAACAGAGUCAGGUCUGAUGUUUCUAUCAGCAUCAUGCUUUCUGUAGAACUGAUUUUUUUUAUUAUUUUUUUUGAGACAGAGUCUCACCUUGUCACCUUGGUUAGAGUGCCAUGGCAUCAUAGCUCACAGCAACCUGAAACUCUUGGGUUCAAGUGAUCCUCCUGCCUCAGCCUCCCGAGUAGCUGGGACUACAGGUGUCCACCACAAUGCCUGGCUAUUUUUUCUAUUUUUAGUAGAGAUGGGGCCUCACUCUUGCUCAGGCUGUUCUUGAACUCAUAAACUCAGGCAAUCCACCCACCUCGGUCUCCCAGAGUGCUGGGAUUACAGGCGUGAGCCACCGUGCCAGGCCAAGACUCGUUUGUAUUCUUCUUAACAACAGCGUACCCGAUUGUUCGCAGGUAAAUUUUGGCACAGUGAAAUCACAACCACAGCAUCUGGCACUUGAGACCUUCUACCAGAUGCCUCUUCACCCUGUGGCUUAUUUAAUCAAGAUGGCCUUAAACCUGAGAAAGGGACAGUCUACAUUUAGCUGAUAUUCCAUGGAACAACUUUCUACAUUGAUUGACUGUGUAACUUACAAAAAUAAAUGCAAUAUGUUCUUAAAUUGCAGCACUUGGUGCCUAUCAGCCAAACAGCUUCUUUUUCGGAAUCUUCGUAAACUUUCAUUUUCAGUGUAGGUUCCAUAAGCCAAAGUGAAGAGGAAAAUUAAGACAAAAGCUGAAAUUUUAUAUCUUCUUCUAACAUUCGUAAUGUUGUAAGGGAGGCAGGGGCUGUUCUUACAUGUAAUACAGAAAUAGCUCCCUUACCUAGUAAUGUAAAAGUUACCUUAAAAAAUGGACAAUUUUCAAACUCUGUUUUUCCCUGGACUUAACGACCAUCCAUGAAAAAGCUUCAUGUCUGAGUCGAGCUGUACAUACCUUCUUUUCAAAAGUCUCCUUCAGACUCCCGCCUGCCCUUUCUCUUCCUCAGUCUUCUUUAAUACAAAAGGGCUUAGAACAAAUGUCUCUCGAAGCUUUUAAAAACACAAAGCAGUGAUAUAAAUGUUUCUUCCUUCCUGAACUGAAGUUGGCUGAGCAGUGGAAUCUCUCAAGAAGUUUAGACCUGGGAGCUUUGUUUAGAUCCUAAAAUGUUAACCAUGGCUUUUGAUAUUUGAUAGAUCUGAUAUCAAGAAACAAUUUCAAGGAUUUUCAUAAUUUAAAAAAACGUAUUUUAUAAUUGUUUUACACAUGCUAAGUGACUUUGUUAUGUAAGCUAUCAAUAUUUUCAUGUAAUAAAAAAUUUAUUUUUAAAAUAAAGUAAACGUGUUUUUACUUGGGAA